CCUCUGAUGUUAACCGGUCUCAGCAGAAAAAUGUGAAAAAUGCGAAUUGAAACCCAGUACCAAAGGACUAGAAGUCAGCUUCGCUUGGCUACACUAUCUGUCACAUGAGUUACCAAGCUGUAUUAGCAUCAUUUAACAGGCAAACAUUUUGUUGUAACAUACAAUUAUAGCAUUUAAGACUCUUUGGCUUGGACAUAAGGAGUGCGGUAGUAACAGCUGGGUGCAUGGGUAAGGUGGUUUGUGGGUCGCUGGUAAACUGGUUUGAUGCCGGCACUCACAAGUUUCAUCGGAGUAAUAAAUACGGUCAGUGUUUUUCGUAUUAUUUAAGUUAUCAAGUUGAAUCAAAUUCUAUUUAUUAAACUAGGUGUUUAGUGCUAUUUGACAUUUCUCAGCUGUUUAUGUGCUACGUACUGGUUGUAUUUACGGAUAAGUGAGAUAAGUGUUGCAGUGAGUAAAUGCAAUUUCGUGUUAUGUUAUGUUUGUGUAGUUAAAGUCUAAAGUCGAAAACAAAAUGUUGUUCACUAAUUGAAGACUAUUUUUUGUGAAUUAGCUAGUUAUUCGUGAUGUGCCAUGAGUUAAAUUUAGAUGAAUCGGAAAAAACCUAUGAAUUUACAGAUGUAACAAGGACCUACAGGUUGUUUAUCACUAAUGAAACUUUAAUGGGAGUGUGAUAGUAAUGUGGUUUUAAAGUGAGCCAGAACAGUCGGAAAAUACCGGGUGCCAUCAUCAGCAGUGCGUCUCACGAUGCUGAAGCAUCUGAUCCUGUCGACCCUGGCGCUGAGCUGGUGCGUGGAGCCGGGGGCGGGCCCGGUGCGGGCGCCGGCGGGGGCGGUGCGGGGGGCGGUCGGCGGGGGCGGCAAGUACGCGCAGUACACGGGCAUCCCGUAUGCCAGGGUGGCGCAGCGGUUCCAGGACCCUCAGCCGGUGCCGCCAUGGCCGGAGGUGCUGCACGCCGUGGACCAGCACGUGCGGUGCCCGCAGCGCUUUCCUCUGGGCCUGGUGCUGGGGCAAGAGGACUGCCUCACGCUGAACGUGUUCCAGCCGCUCGCUUCCGCGCCCCGCCCCCGCCCCGUCAUGGUCUUCAUCCACGGCGGCGGCUUCCGCGAGGGCUCCAACACGCAGUUCUUCUAUGGACCCGACUAUCUGAUUAACAAAGAUGUGGUGCUCGUGACGAUUAACUACAGAGUCGAGAUACUGGGCUUCCUCUGUCUGGGAAUUAAAGAGGCUCCUGGAAAUAUGGGACUGAAAGAUCAAGUAGCAGCCCUUAAGUGGGUGAAAAGGAAUAUUGAAGCGUUUGGAGGUGAUCCGGAUAAUGUAACAAUUUUCGGUGAGAGUGCCGGCGCGGCCGCCGUGUCCUACCUGAUGCUGUCGCCGAUGGCUGAAGGGUUGUUCCAUAAGGCCAUCAUGCAGAGCGGGACAGCCAUAACUCCGUGGUCAUUCCAGUACGACCCUCUAGAGACAGCUAUAUCUCUAGCAGGUCAUAUGGGCUUUCACUCUGAAGAUCCUCACAAAUUAUACAACUUCUUCAUGAACAAAACAGUAGAAGAAUUGUUGAAAGCGAGAGUGCCGAGAGAAGAAGGAAACCUGAUAAUGUCAGAGACGAUUUUCGUCCCGUGUGUGGAGAAACCGAUACCAGGCGUAGAGCCGUUUCUUACAGACUACCCUUACAACAUUUACGAAAAAGGAGUACAUAAUGAUGUUCCCACGAUGCUGGGCUACAAUACAGCUGAAGGUUACAUGUUCCUUGGGAAAGAAAACGAUACUACCAUAUCCCAGCUCGACCUCAGGAAAGCGAUGCCGAGGGACUUGAAAUUUCCAACGCAAGCAGACAAAGACGCAGUCGCCGACAAGGCAAGAGAACUGUACUUAGGACUGGAAGACGUGAAGAUUACGAAGAAGAACCUUCACAAAUUGGUCGGGUUUUACGGCGAUCCGUUCUUCAAGUACCCGGUGAUAGCCACGACCGAGCUGAUGCUGAAGACGAGCAAGAGUCCGGUCUACAACUACAGGUUCGCGUACGACGGCUGGCUGAACCUCGCCAAGUUCAUCUUCGGCUACGGGAGCCACCCGGGCGUCAGCCACGCGGACGAUCUCUUCUACUUAUUCAAGCCCAAGUUCCCGGUCCCCGCAUUCCUCGAAAGCAAGAUCAUCGAUCAAGUGACCACCAUGUGGACUAAUUUCGCCAAGUUCGGGCAGCCCAUACCCUCCACCUCCCCCCUGCUGCCCCGGCCCUGGCCGCGGACCUCCCCGGGGCACCCCGAGGUGUUCGUCAUCGACCGGGAGCCCGCCAGCGCACCGCUCGUCGACUCUGAAGCCACGACGUUCUGGAGACAGACGUAUUCUAAGUAUCGGAGGAAACUGUGAUUGUUCUUAGGUUUAGAUAGGAUGGAUGGGGGAGGACGUUUUGUGAAUGAAAGUGGGUUUGGUUAGUUAGUUGUUGUGGUUUAUUUUGUACAUAAAGAGUUUAGAAACAUCAGUAGUAUGAGUAGUAGUUAAACUACUUGCCUAUUGUUGACUAUUUGAUAAAUGACUGAAGUCAGCCUUAUUAUUGUAAGUCGUAAGUGUAACUUGUACUAUGUAGCUAUUAGAGUAAAGCUUAGUUUUUUGGUAAUCCUUGCCAAUAAAUCAUUAAUAAAAUAAACA